CGCGGGACGGGGACGGCCACAGCCCCGGGGCCACCAGGGACCCCCGUGCCAUGAGCAGCCGGCGAUGGGGGCGGCGGGGCUGUGCGCGCUGCUGCUGCUCCUGUUGGGGGUCCCGGGGCGCCCCCAGCCCCCCCCCGAGGGUCCCCCCUCGCUCUGCGACCCCCGAGUGAUCGAACGCUUCAUCCUGGAGGCGCGCGACGCCGAGCGGGGGGCGGCUGGGUGUGGCCCCCUCUGUGACCUCCCCGAGCCCGUGGCCGUCCCCGACCCCGGCGUCAACUUUAACCUCUGGCGGAGCCUGGACGCGGGGUCCCGCGCGCAGGAGGUGGCCGGGGGCCAGGCGGCCCUGGCGGCCGCGGUGCUGCGGGCGCGGGAGCUGCUCCGGGACCCCCGGGUGCGCCCGAGCCUCGACCGCGCCUACGGGGCCGCGCGGAGCCUGGCGCGGCUGCUGCGGGGGCUGCCCGCGCCGGCCCCGCCCCCCCCUUCGCCCCCCGCCCCGGUGCGGGUCCGGACCCUCCCCCGGCUCCUGGGGGUCCUGAGCCGCUUCCUGCGGGGGAAGGUCCGGCUCUUCCUGGCCGACGCCUGCCCCAGGUGACCGGGCCGUCUAUCACUGCCGGAGACAGCUGUCAGUCACCGCCAACAGCUGUCAAUCAUCGCGUAAAGCGGCGACUCACAGUCGGCAACUGUCAAUCACCGAGAGCUGUCAAUCAACAAAGAGAGCUGCUGGUCAUCAGCAGCUGUCAGUCAUCAUCAACAGCUGCCAAUCAUCACAGACAGCCCUCGAUCAUCGGGACUGACAGCUGUCAAUCAUCACAAGCACUGUCAGCUGUCAGUCACCAGCAACAGCAGCAGCUGUCAAUCAACAGCCCAGACAGCUGUCAAUCAUGAGGACUGACAGCCGUCAAUCAUCAGCAUCAGUAGCCGUCGCUCGACAGCACCCCCUCCUCUCCCCCCGGCACGUUGGACGUGCCGGCAGGUGAUUGACAGCUGUCAAUCAUCCUCCUCCCGCCUGAGCGCCCUGGGCUGCCCAGGCCUUGCGGGCGAUUGAUUGACAGCUGUCACUCAGGGGAGACAGCGCCCCUGAACCCCCCCAUGUAACUUAAUGCAAACACGAGAAUAUUUAUGAGA